UAUAUUUUCUACAACAAUCUUUAAUAAUCUUCUAAAAAGAUCUCAAUCAAUCAUCAAAUCGACAGCUUAGAAUUCAAGUCCAAAUGGAGCAGAUCAAUUUGUCAAAAGUUUUAAUUCACAUUGUGCUUCCAUUUCCAUUGGAGAGCACGGAGCUAAAUAUCGCAAAAUCAUCACCCUAUACAGUUCGUUUUGGGAAUCAAGUCAUUCGGAUGCAAUUGUCAAUCAUCAAUCGAUGUUAUGCAUAUAUAUGCUACUUGAGUUUACAUUCUGAAGAAAAUGAGAAUGUCACCGUGAUGAAGAAAUUCCAACUCAAUUUCGGAUUUUUACACUCGAAUGAUGAUGUCAUAUUUCCGCCAAGUAAUAUAGGUGAUGGAAUUGAUACUGAUGAUGGCAGACUACAUGAGAUUUCAACACCUGGCGCAAUAUGUAUUGAGAGCAUGAUUCGCAUACCGAUUGAGUCACGGCAAGCAUUUAAAAUAACGAAGACAAUCAUUUGUCAAAUAAAAUUUCAUAAAGAAUCCGACGAAAGUGAAAAAAUUCUCGAUGCAGCAACAGUAAAGGCUUAUGAAACAUUUUUAAAUGAUGAGAUUUUGACAGAUUGCAUCAUUCUGUGUGAAGAAGGGAAGAGAAUUAAAGCACAUAAAGUGAUGCUUGCCGCUCACAGUUCCAUUUUUUAUUCAAUGCUGCGAAAUUCCAACGAAAUUAACAUGAAGAAUGUACAGCAUAAUAUAGUGUCGGAGAUGAUGCGCUUCCUUUAUUGUCGGAAGAUUAAUGGGAGUGAAUAUAUUCUGUUGGAGCUGUUGAAAGUUGCUGAUGAGUACGAGAUUAAUGACUUGAAGAAAUUCAGUGAGCAUCAACUUAUGCGAGGUGUAACAAUCGAAACAGCUGUAGAACGCUCCAUUCUCGCUCAUGUUCAUAAAGCUUUGAUUCUAAAGAAUUUCAUCCUUGAAUAUAUUUGCAAGUAUGUUGAAUAUUUUUUUUUUCUUUAAAUGAAUGUGCACCGAAGCUAGACAGCCACCAUCAUUAAUCUUAAUUUUAUCACUUCCACUUUACACAGUCGCUGGAAUAUGAUCAAAGAAAAUGAAGUGAAUGUUGCUAUGCUUGAUGAAUAUCCUUUAAUACUUCGCGAGAUCAUUAACAAAUUUGCAUUGCGUGAUAACAAAAAGAAUAAUAAAAAUUUUAUUUAUUGUUAGAAA